AACAUGUUCAAAUAGCUGCUCGCUCUUAUUGUACGGCCUCAAGCUGCAGGAAGUUAGAACAGCAUUAAAAUUCCACCAGAGCUGUCCCGUGCUCUGGUGUCAAUGACAGACGUAGAGAAGAGAAAUCAGAAAUUAUAAAAACAAUACAAGCUGCACCUUUACAGAGUCGAUGUCUUCUAUAUCUACCCUGUAGAUCCGGAUUUGUGUCCAAAUGUCUAACAGCAUCACAAAUUCGCUUCUAGGGGAGUAUAUAGUGGAUUUACACACGACGGAUUCACCAUUGCUACCUGGACGACCUGCAAGCUGCUGCUUCCUGUUCGAAUAUGCUUGCAAAAUCAAAGUGAAACUCUAAAAAUCAUUAGGCCUCUUUCCAUUGUUAGCUUUGACAACAGAGUAAGAACAUUUUUGGGCUAAAUAUACUUUGCUUUUGACGGAGAAUUUGGAAUAAUUUGGAAUUUUAGAUAACUAAAAUAUACAGCAGCUGAUUUGGUUCUGUUUACUUAAUGUUUAAAAGUAUGACGAAGGGAUAAUUUGCUAUUCUGUCAUUUAUUUAUUUAUUUAUUUAUUUAUUUAUUUAUUUAUUUUAGGCACCAGCAACCCUCCCGACCCCAUUAGGGACUAGGGUGAACAGAAAAUGGAUGGAUAUUUAUUUAUUUAUUAUUAUUUAUAUUUUAGAAGCAAAUGAUUUUAUAUGGGCUAAAGGUGUAUAUGUGUGUCCACUCAGCGUCCUCACUUUUAAUCGGCAGUAUGUUGUGUACACAUAUUUUACUUUAAUAAAUAGCCAUUGUGAUUAAACAUGAGCUAUGCUUCAUUUCUAUUUAUUGUGUGUGUUUGGUGGGGUGUUGUACUUGGCUGAUAUGGGAGGCUGUUGACACCGGAGGGGAGAAAACUAAACCUUGACGGUCUCUGGAUUGUAUAAAGCUCAGAAAAACACGUGGAGGUUUGGAGUCAUUGGAGCUAAUUCCAAUAUUUUUCAUGCAAGGUAUAUAUAUAUAAAACUGACUGAAUCAGUAAGUGAGGUUUGGCUGAUUGUUGGCUGGGUGCCUGGUGGAACCGCGUUUUAAAAGAAUGACACCGAUGCUGAACUCUCGUUCCUCAUGCAAAGGUUUUCUGGUGAUUUAGGAGGCCGCUGAACCUGAAUUACUUGAUGAAUUUUCUAUCGAUCCUAAACACGCCAGAUUAAUCUCUGACGCUGCUACUGGGUGGCGGUGCAGGAGCCGGCCAGGCCACUCUCCCACUCCCCGGUAUUAGCGGAGUAUGAGAAGAAGAAGGGGGAAGAAAGUUGGCAAACAGCCUCUGCACACACCCUGUAUGUACACAGAGGGAGGUGCAGGCGCCAUUAACUCCCCAGAGUCAUUUCUUCCGCUACUUGUUUUAUUGUAUUUUAUUUUCUGCUUGAAUUGGUUAGUUAGGCACUUAAAAGAAGAAAAAGCGACUGAAGAUCACUGUGAGGAAUAAGAUGUCGCUCUUUUUUAAUCGUUGUAAGAACAUCGGCGUUUUUUGUUUGUUUGUUUGUUUGUUUUUGUUUGGGCUUUUGGUCUGAGAUUCUUCCUCUUUCACAAGCUCCGGGUCUGGUAAUAUGAGCAGACCGGUUCGCGGAGCCAGCAGGGGAAAUGAUUGAGGCUUAAAGGGAGAGCGUCUAAUCAAAAACUGAGGUCAUAUGAUCUUGCGCGUGCGAGAGCGGAGUGUAUGUUUAAUUCCAUUUCCUUAUCCGGGGGUCCGUCCAAGAUGCGUGCAAUUGGCUGCUUUCCGUCACGUGGAAUCCCAACUUUGUUCACUUGACAGAAAAGAAGGAGGGUUUAAGUGAACAGGAAUAACCGAAGACUAAAGGGAUGACAUAUAAAUUUUAGUUAUAUUUCAUUUCAAGCCGGUGCAAUUUCAGAAAAAGACUGAAAUUAAUGGCCAUGAGCUCCUAUUUGAUCAACUCCAACUAUGUGGAUCCGAAGUUCCCACCCUGCGAGGAAUACUCACAAAGCGACUAUUUGCCCAGUCACUCCCCGGACUAUUACGGCUCCCAGAGGCAGGACCCUGCCGCUUUCCGGCCAGACUCUGUCUACCACAAUGAGCACAACCCGGCUCAUCACCAACACCGACUCGAGCCGCCGUACACGCCGUGCCAGCGUGCACCACAACCCGCUUCAGAAGUGACGUCCCCCCAGGGUCCCACUGUUCUCCCCACCGGGCUGCACACCACCCCUGUGUCGGAGCAGAGCCACCGCUGUGACUCGGUAACACCGAGCCCGCCUCCACCUCCACCCUGCGGUCAAACGCCUCGCAGCCAAAGCGCUUCUUCCCCCGCCAGCAGCCGGAAGGACCCGGUGGUGUAUCCGUGGAUGAAGAAGGUGCAUGUAAACAUCGUAAAUUCCAGCUACUCUGGUGGAGAACCUAAACGCUCUCGGACGGCCUAUACGCGCCAACAGGUUCUGGAGCUAGAGAAGGAGUUCCACUACAACCGCUAUCUGACACGCAGGCGUAGAGUGGAGAUUGCGCACACUUUGUGUCUGUCAGAGCGGCAGAUAAAGAUCUGGUUCCAGAACCGGAGGAUGAAAUGGAAGAAGGACCACAAGCUGCCCAACACGAAAGUCCGCUCCGGGACUAACAGCAUCACAAGCUCUCAGACUGUGUCCGCGUCUCAGAACCGCUCUUCCGGGCCUCUAUAGCACGGCUCUUUGAGCUGUGGCCGUCCGUAUUCUCCCGUUUUCACACUGGAGGCUGAAGAUGUGGUGAAACAAACUCUCCGGAAUGUGCACUUUGGACCAGAGUAAAAACUUAACGUUUGAAAUGAGGACCAACUCCACUCGUGGCAGACCACAGGGCCCGGACUGCUCCGUAACAAACCUGUGACUUUGUGUGUGGGGGUUUUGUGGGAGGUCUGGUUGUAAAAUCUGACUUCAAGAAUCCAAAAGGGAGGCAUGUGUUAGAAUUAAAAACACAGAGCUACACAGUUCGUCGAAUAGAUUUCCGUGAAUCCUAACAUCUUCUCUGUACUUUUUCUCCUCUUUAAAUACUUCUGCCGUCUAGACAGAGCCACCCACCUACCAUAUUUUGCUUAGAGCGGUGUGUGUGUGUGUGUGCUUUUAACACGCUUUCUUUUAGCUUUUUUUCUUUUGAGAACAUCCUAGCUUCUAUGUUUAAUCACACCAAACCUGAGAGCCAUUCUUCAUGUUUUCUGUGUGGGGUACAAAGCGAAUGGGUGAACCGCGCGGCUCUGCCCAGAACCCCGCCCUCUCAGACCACUACCCCCUCACACACUUGUAAAAAAUGGAACUGUCGUUUCUGCCAUAGCCCCCCCCUCCCCCCCUCCCCCCCACACACACACACACACACAAAUAUGCAUAAAAAGCAGUAGAAAGCAUCAUGUAGCCACGCUCGUACCAGCAGCACUCAAACAGAACCUGGACCCGCCGGUCUGAUUGUUAGUUGCUAUAGUUUGAACUCGGCUUUCCUUUUGUUCUUGAGGGCAGAAUAUAGCUUUUGAACAUGUUAUUAGAGCUAUUUUUGAAGUCAGUAUUGAUUGUAAAGCUGUUCUCUGCGUUGACAUUGCUGCGAGUGAUGCGGAAGGUUUAAGUGGCUCAUGUUCGUAUGUUACUAAGGCUGCAGAGAUACAGAAUUAUUUUCUAGCGCUUAUGAAACAUGGAUGCGGUCAAACGUUUCCCACUGGACAUUAAUGAUCACACCAAAAUCGUACAAAUAGUACAAAACACAGCACUAAAUAAUGUAUCACUUAUUACCUCACGUGUAAAUAUAUAUGAAUAUAAAUAUGUUUUAUGACAUCGUGUUGUCGCUUGCUCGUUGAUGAAGUGACAGGUUUUCAAGCUUUUACUGACAUGAAGAGGUAUAUUUUUUCUUCCAACAAAAGCUCUAUUCUUUUGUUCUAUGUUGGAAUGAAACUGUUUGCAAAUGAUGGAGGUUUUAGGAUACAAGGCGAUAAUUGGCCAAGAAAAAGUGAUUUCUCUUUCUUUUUGUUCGUCAUUUCGUGUUUUUCUGUACAUUGAAUCAUAUUCCUUUUUCUAAAGUGUCUGAUUGUGUUUUUUUUAUUUAUCCGUUCUGAAUUUGCAACAUGUUUUUAAUGCUAUUGUUUUCGUUAUAAUCCAAGUGCCACAGCCGCAAUGAUAGUAUUUGUUGAACCUGUGUUGCCUCCCGGAAAUCUAUAUGUUCCUUUCUCACUUUCCUUAGUGUCAAGUUUUUUUGUAAAUAGCCCAAAAAUAUAAAUAAAUGACUGAACGUGUAA